AUGGACAUCUCGGUUCUGCCCAACAACAACCCGGAGAAGUUCCUGCAGCUGGACGUUGGGAUGUUGCCGGCCGCACACGGCAUGUUUCAGGUGGGGGCGGUGAUGUCCAGUCAGAGACACUGGCAGAACAGGCUCUACUCUCAGAGUAAGGAAAGGAUAAGGAGUGAAAGCAGGUCUCCUCCGUCCCCAGAGGACACUCCUGUGGUGUUUGUGGACAGAUACCUGGAGAAGCACAUCACUCCAGUCACUCUGACGUCCAACAUUAAGAGGAACCCUCUGUACACGGCCAUUAGAUCGAUGGACCCGGCGGACAACAAGAAGUCCAAGCCUUCCUGGACUGUGAGGGAGUACGACACACAAACAAUCCACGGCAACCUAACAGACUUUUUAAAGAAGACUCCUAAAGAUCUGGACUUUUGGCUUGAGGAUCUCUACACACCAGGAUUUGACUCUUUACUUAAGAAGAAAGAAGCAGAAGACAAGAGAAAAAGACUUUGUAAAAUCCUUUCUUCUGUUAUUUUGUCUAUUUGUGUGGCUCUUAUUGUCAUCGUAGUGCCAGUUGUGGUUCUACAGAAGAAAAACUAA